UAUAUAUAUUUUUUUGUUUUUAAAUGUGCAUUCUCUCCAGAAACUGCAGAGGUUUUGCUGUGUUUUCUAUCAUUAGGCUACCCGGGGUGGCACAGGCGAGAGGAGGAGGAGGAGGAGGAGUCCUGGUGCAAAGAAUCCCUCUGCCACUGUUGCAGGAGCUACAGUCGGUUUAACGCUGGCAUACGGGGAGAGGGGCGGGUGAAGCUUCCCUUUCGCCAGCUCACCUGAGGCAGUAGAGGAAGGAGAAAUAGAGAGGCUCAGUGGUGGCGCUGGAGGAAGCAACAGCAACAGCAGCAGCGAGGAUGCGGCAGCGCUCGCAGUAGAGGAGGAGGAGGCGGCGAAGAUUUGCAGUCGCGGAGGUUGGCUCCUGCCGCUGAUUGGCAUCGCUGACCAACAACAACCGGCCCCGGAAUAUUUCCUUGCACGAAAAGGCAAGGGGAAGCGCCCCCGGUUUAUGUGUUGAAAUGGUGCAUCUUAUGCAGGAUCCUCGGAUUAAACAUUAACAUUUGAGAGAUCGCAGCCCGCAGUCACGGUGUGGGGGCGACUGCAGCGAGGGUUGUAUCAGGAGGCGGCUGCAGGGAGUGGGGAAUCCUCCAUCUCUCCGGGCUGCCCGGGAUGACUGGACUUCCCUGGACCUCUCCCUCACUAGUUUAACAACAGACGAGUUGACUUCAAGACCCGGCCGAAAUGGCAGGCUCCUCCAGGGAACACGUGUCUUACGCACGGAGGCGGAACCCUCAGCUUCGCUACACCUUGAGUCCUGAAAAUUUGCAGAGCCUGGCUGCCCAGAGCACCCGGUCAGAGAACUUGAACUUGCACAGGGCAAACAGUGAUACGGACCUGGUGACUUCGGACAGUCGCUCCAGCCUGACAGCUAGCAUGUAUGAGUACACACUUGGACAAACACAGAAUCUAAUCAUCUACUGGGAUAUUAAAGAAGAGGUGGACCCCACUGAUUGGAUUGGACUCUAUCACAUAGAUGAGAUCUCUCCAGGAAAUGUCUGGGACUCCAAAAAUCGGGGUGUAAAUGGAACCCAGAACGGGCAGAUUGUGUGGCGAAUUGACCCUGGCCCGUACUUUAUGGAGGCUGAAACUAAAAUCAGUUUUAAAUACUACCAUGGUGUAAGCGGAGCACUGCGAGCCACCACCCCAUGUAUUACAGUAAAAAACUCCGCUACUAUGGCCGGAGCAGAUGAAUUGGGGGAAGGUGGAUUGAAUGGUGAGAACAAUCGAAAACUUGUCAGAUUCACAUUAUCAGAUAUCCGAGCCGUAGGACUCAAGAAAGGAAUGUUUUUCAACCCAGAUCCAUAUCUAAAAAUGGCCAUUCAGCGUGGGAAAAAGAGCACUUUCCCCACUUUUGCUCAUCACGGACAAGAGAAGCGGUCGUCAAUAGUGGCAAACACAACAAACCCUAUUUGGCAAGGAGAGACAUACUUUUUUGUGGCACUUCUCACAGAUGUACUGGAAAUUGAUGUUAAAGACAAAUUUGCAAAGAGUCGGCCGAUUAUAAAACGUUUCCUGGGUAAACUAACCAUCCCAGUACAACGUCUGAUGGGGAGACAGGCCUUGGGGGACCAGACUGUGAACUACAACCUGUUAAGAAGACUUCCGACCGAUCACGUCAGUGGUCAGCUUCAUUUUCGAGUGGAGUUCUUGUCGUCGACUCACGAAGAUGCUUCCCCCGAGACGCUGGGCGCUUACCUUGGAGCCAAUGGUGUCAAUGGCGAUCUGGGCAGUCCAUCCGACGACGAGGACAUGCCUGACCCAUCCAUCUCAACAAUGCAUCCGAGCCAGCUGCCAAUCUUUGUAAAUGGUUCUGCCCAGAAAGAAAGUGGAGUCGUGGACCUUUCGAGUGCAGUCAGUGAAAGUGGACUUUUGGACAGUGCAUUUGCAGCUCAUGGUGAAUCCUCAUUGACAAGGCAUUCAACCUAUCGCCAAGAAUCGCUCAAUGAUUACCUCGAUACAGUCGACGGCAGUGGAAGCCUUAAAUCAAGCUUGGCCGAGGCUCACCUGCAUCAGAUUGGAGUUUCUCCCAACUUGAGGAGCAGUUUCCCGACGGACACGAGAUUAAAUGCAAUGCUUCACAUUGACUCGGAUGAGGAAGACCAUGACGUUCAUCAGGAAUUGGCCUGUGGUUUUCACAUCGAGGAGAGUGAGGAAAAUGGCAUACACUUUAGAUGUGCUUCUGGAAGUAACAAGGAGUUGGACACACAGCUGUAUGCCAACGGGGAUCAGCUCGCUCUUAGACGAUUUUCUACCUCUCAGAUAAAUCUAACUAUAACAGAAGAGGCAUCUUCCUCAGUUGCGCAGUUAUCGGACUCUCAGUACAAGAACUUUCAUGAGCUGGUGUGCAGCCUUUCUUCAGCAGCACAGGUCGGGUGUGAAGAAGAGCAAGACAGUUGUGAGGUUGAGGGCAGUAGCGACUUAGUUACAAGUACCUGUGGGGAAGAUCAGCAACCUCCAGAGACAUCUCGGCCAACAGUUGGCCAGGCCGUUGACGGUGGAGACAAUGCAGAGCGACUGCUCACGCAAACAGAAUCCGUUGAUCAAACCUCAGAACCAUCCCAAAUGUCCUCGGAGAAUGAGCAAAGUGAUGCGACCCGCACAGAGAGUGUCAGUGAAGCCAGCACUAGACCUGAAGGAGAGAGCGAUCAGGAAGGGGCUGAUAGCUCGUGCAACGGAAGUGGCUACACCACCAGGGUAUCUUCGUCCGUCGGAAGCGCCACGCGAGUUUCCUCCUUUGAAAGUGCGAGGUUCUCAGAAACCCCGGCGUUCUCGUCUCAGGAGGAGGAAGAUGCUGCCUGUCCAACUGACCCGGUGGCCGACGAUCCUGUGGAAAGCCAAGACUCUGACGGGGCCACAAUCAUUCCAGCUGCCGAAGACGGGGAAGGCAACUGCGAUGCGCCGCCGCCGCUGCUACAAGAGACCGUCGAAGGGGACGCGGUGUCCGAGGCGGAGGAAAUAUGGCAGAGGAGGAGUUUGCAGAUGGCAGCCACAGCCGCAAGUGACCUGCCAGAAGAAGAAGCCACCAUACCUACUAGCACAACUCCAGAGGAUGCAAGUGAAGCAGCAGCAGCAGCAGCAGCAGCAGCAGCAACAGCAGCAGCAGGGACCGAAGCGGGCAGUGAUCCAGACUGGGAAGCCCGUAUCGAUAGCCAUGGACGGAUCUUCUAUGUGGACCACGUGAACAGGACGACUACUUGGCAAAAACCCACCACCCCUGCACGUCAGCAGAUUGUUCAACGUUCAAAUUCAAUUCAACAGAUGGAGCAGCUGAAUAGAAGGUACCAGAGUAUUCGCCGGACAAUGACUAAUGAGAGGACUGAAGACACUGCCCAAGCCAGUUGUGUCGAUGCAGGGGCAACAGGUGAAAACCAUUUUGCUCAUUUUAGUUCAGAUUUCAGAAGGGAGCCGAGCUUCUCCCACUCGGCGACUCGUAGCCGGAUGAAUCUGCUCCUGCAGUCUCCCCCGGUCAAGUUCUUCACCAGCCCGGAAUUUUUCACAGUGCUCCAUUCAAACCCUCGUGGCUAUCGGAUGUUUUCAACCAACACAUGUUUGAAACACAUGAUCACCAAAGUGCGGCGAGAUGCCCAUAACUUUGAACGUUAUCAGCACAAUCGAGAUCUCGUGGCAUUCCUCAACUUAUUCGCUAAUAAACAGCUGGAGCUGCCGAGAGGCUGGGAAAUGAAGCAUGACCAUCAAGGAAAGCCCUUCUUUGUUGACCACAAUUCGCGCAGCACCACUUUCAUAGACCCAAGGCUCCCUCUUCAGACGGCUAGGCCCUCUAUUGCAUUGGUUCAUCGGCAACAUUUGCAAAGGCAACGGAGCCACAGUGCGGGUGAGGUGGCAGAUGAUGCUCGCCAUUCUGGGCCCCCGGUUAUGCCCAGACCCUCCAGCACAUUUGGCACCAUCAGUCGGAACCACAAUCAGGAGGUGAUGCCUGUUGCUUACAAUGAUAAAAUUGUAGCAUUUCUGCGUCAACCAAACAUCUUUGAAAUUCUUCAAGAGCGGCAGCCAGACCUUAUCAGGAAUCACUCACUCAGGGAGAAGAUUCAGUUCAUCCGGAGUGAGGGGACGAGUGGACUGGGGCGACUAUCCAGUGAUGCAGAUCUUGUUAUGCUGUUAAGCUUGUUUGAAGAUGAGAUUAUGUCUUAUGUGCCACCUCAUGCCUUACUUCACCCGAGUUAUUGCCAGUCUCCACGUGCUUCCCCUGUGUCGUCACCUCAGAAUUCCCCAGGCACCCAGAGAGCCAACGCCAGGGCUCCAGCUCCUUACAAGAGGGACUUUGAAGCUAAGCUCAGAAACUUCUACAGAAAGCUUGAAACAAAAGGCUACGGACAAGGCCCAGGAAAGUUAAAAUUAAUCAUCAGAAGAGACCACUUGCUGGAAGAUGCAUUCAACCAAAUUAUGGGCUGCUCCAGGAAAGAUCUUCAAAGAAAUAAACUCUAUGUCACCUUUGUUGGAGAGGAAGGGCUGGAUUACAGCGGCCCCUCCCGAGAGUUCUUUUUUCUGGUGUCGAGAGAACUCUUCAAUCCGUAUUACGGCUUGUUUGAAUACUCUGCUAAUGAUACCUACACUGUGCAAAUCAGCCCGAUGUCUGCAUUUGUCGACAAUCACCAUGAAUGGUUUAGAUUCAGUGGCCGGAUACUUGGCCUUGCUCUCAUCCAUCAGUAUCUGCUUGAUGCCUUUUUCACCAGGCCAUUUUACAAAGGUCUACUGAGAAUAUCUUGUGAUCUUAGUGACCUGGAAUAUUUGGAUGAAGAAUUUCAUCAGAGUCUGCAGUGGAUGAAGGAUAAUGACAUCAGUGAUAUCUUAGAUUUAACAUUUACUGUGAAUGAAGAGGUCUUUGGCCAGAUUACAGAGAGAGAGCUAAAACCAGGUGGAGCAAACAUUCCUGUGGCAGAAAAAAACAAAAAAGAAUACAUUGAAAAGAUGGUAAAAUGGCGUAUCGAGAGAGGUGUUGUACAGCAGACAGAGAGUUUGGUCCGAGGCUUCUAUGAGGUGGUGGAUGCUCGGCUUGUGUCUGUGUUUGAUGCAAGGGAAUUAGAAUUAGUGAUUGCAGGCACUGCUGAAAUUGACUUAAGUGAUUGGAGGAAUAACACAGAGUAUAGAGGAGGAUACCACGAUAACCACAUAGUAAUCAGAUGGUUCUGGGCUGCAGUGGAAAGGUUUAACAAUGAACAGAGACUAAGAUUGUUGCAGUUUGUCACAGGUACAUCAAGUAUACCCUACGAAGGUUUUGCCUCACUACGUGGCAGCAAUGGUCCACGAAGAUUUUGCAUUGAGAAAUGGGGCAAAAUCACCUCACUUCCAAGGGCUCAUACCUGUUUCAAUCGGUUAGAUCUCCCUCCAUAUCCAACCUUCUCUAUGUUGUAUGAAAAGAUGUUGACUGCUGUGGAAGAGACAAGCACUUUCGGACUGGAGUAACAGAUGUUUUGAAAUAUAAGCACAUUUCCACUACUUUUCUCAUGGACCUCUUUGAGGUGAACGGUGUGUUGGCAUUCUCAGACGCACUUUUGUGAAUUUUAUGGGAUUUGGAUUAAAGAAGUGAUCUUAUCUUUACAAGAUGUCGUGGAGAGAAAGCAAGCAUGCGGAAGAUGACUAUCCAGACAAUUAUGGUACACAUUCUCCUGAACUACUGUGCGUCUGUUAUGAAAAAUAAAGGGAUGGAACUGAAAACUUUGCAGACAGUAUCCUGUUACUACUGCUGUUGAGUACAAAAAUGACUAUUUUUAUGUGAAUAAAAGCACUUACAAAAUGACAAAGGCUUCUACAGAGAUAGGUCAAUGCUUCUCUGAAUGACUGAUAAUCCUGACAGUGGAUGAUUUUUUAAUGAGAUUUACUUCAAACCCUGUGCUGAAGUAAAGUUUUUUUUAAACUGUGAUUAUGCCUAUUCUGUUUCAAAAAAAUAAUGUACUUGUUAUCAAAAUAUUGGUCUUCAUAUACCUGUUAUUGCAUGGUAUAGAAUUUAUAAAUUAUGGAAAGUACAAUUACAGUUCCUUGUCAGUAUGGCACACUAAAAACAUUUAUGAAAUUUAGUUUUAUUUAAUCUUUUUACAGAUUCUGUGCAAAUCUUGUAUGAUUUUUUAAAUUAUCCAAACUGGAGAUAAGGGAGAUCUCUGACAGUGCAUACUAUCUGCUUAUUCUAUUCAAAGUUGUUUUGGUGAUAUGUCCAAGAGAAAUCAGAAAGCCUGAUGUCUUCUUUUUAUUUUAUAUAAAUAAAAAUUUUCAAAAGCAAGAUUUUUUAAAAUAAUUGCACUGGGUGUACCAAAGUAAGAGGACAUAAAUUAUAUAAAAUUGGGUGCAUGGUAUAAUAUGCUGAAUUAUCAAAGCUAAUUUUCAGAUAUUAUAUUGGACUGUGAGUAAUAGGAUGUCACAAAAAUGUCUUAGCUUCCAAAAAACUUCCCUCCCAUCCAAACAAAAUAGAAUAAAUAACUUUUCAACAGUAGAUCGAAUUAGUUCUAUUAAAUUUUAAGUUCAUAUUUUAUUUAAAAGGGAUUUAAAUUACUAUAAAAUAGAGUAUUUAAAAAUGUUUGAGUGAGAGAGGUGAAUUUAGAUUGAAGGAACUUUUAUGUAUUACAUUGUACACUAUUAACAUUGAAUUUGCAUGAGAAAACAUUAACUAUAGGGCUCUGUGAAAGUCUACUGUUACAAAAUACUCUGUUUUCUAGUAUUUAUUGCCCAUGUAAAAUUCCAAUUUCUGUUAUUAACAUCUGCUUCAGACCAACAGUGCUCAAGUCAUUAAAAAAAUUACACCAUUUAAAUAUUCAAUAGCUUGUCGAUAACCUUAGGUAUUGCAACGCUGUGAUGAAAAAUUGAUUCCUGUCUAAAAAACUGUUUUAAAUCCACAUUAUUUUCAGAAUUUUGCAAAGCAAAUUUGACUAAAAUCAGACCUGGAGAUGCAAAUGCUGGAAUGUUGAGUAAAAAACAAACUACUGGAGAAAAUUAGCGGGUCAGGCAGCAUCCAUGGAGGGACAUAGGCAGAAGAUAUAUCGGGUCAGGAACCAAGAGUGUUUGUAGGUUCCCGACCCAAAACGUUGUCUAUUUCCCUCCGUAGAUGCUGCUUGACCCACCGAGUCUCACCAGCAGUUAGUUUUAUAAAUGGAUAUCCUACUCUAUUUGGAUACAAAUUAAGGAUCUCUGAAUCACUACAUCACAUUCAUGCACACAGUACAUAGUAUUGCAAUGAGCCAUAUGGAUAACGGUUAAGCAGUUCACAUUUUUUAUUUCACUGAUGCAUCCUUUAAGAGUUCCUUGCCAAUAUAGAGAGCUCAGUAACUUUUUUUCUUAUCCAUUGAUUUAUAAAGUAUCUAUUGACUUUCGUUAAUACAAUGGGGUGGUUCUGAAAUAUACAUAAUAAAAUUAAGUAAAUUACUUCAUGGGUACACAUUUCUUUCAUGAAAAUGAAUCAUUUCACUGUUCACAUCAUCAGCAUCAACAUUUCUGGUACUCUACCAUUUUUAUAGGGCGUCUAACAAUUAUAUUUUGGUUGUCACUUGUUCGUAUGUACUAUGUACUAUGUGGCUAAUCAUACACAAUCAAUGGAAGUAUGUCUUAGUCACAUUUUCACUCACAGAUCUCACGAUUUAGAUACGUUUAUUGGGAUUAUGCAGAAAUUUGUACACACUUGCUAUUUAAAUAUGCUGAAAACACUUAAGAUUAUUGUUGUCGACUAUGAUUUAAUGAAAUGUUUUUAAAGUACCAAGGUAUGAAUGACUUUGUUUUAUUUUCAUAAUGUAAAUAUAUUUUAUUUGAAACCAUGCUGUGUCAUUUAAAAAUAAUUGAAAAUAAAAAAUCAUAGAAACGCCAGUGAAUAUAAGGUUGUCUUUAUUGCAAAGUAGAACUGUUGCAUUGAAUUUCAACUUCCAGCUACGUUCAAGUUGUAUCGUGAUUAUCCACAAAUAAAUUUUAUCUACAUACAAACGUACAGUAUUUGCUUUUAUUUGUUUAUUCCAAUUAUGUUAAAAAUGCAGCAUGAUACCACAAGUACGGUAUUUGUUAGCCAUGAGCAGAAUACCCGAAGGUUAAUAUUAGGUGUUUAUUUAAGAAUAGCUGUAAGGAUGCGCAGAGAACCUUCAGGUCAGUGAGCGUAACAUUUAUGGUGAAAACAUUACUGGAGAAUAUUCUGAGACAAUCUAUGUGCACUUGGAAAGUCAAUGACUGUCACCAUCCACCUUAUGCUUGCCACCAUUUUUAGAGGCAUUGAGUACAAGAGCUCAGAUGCCAUGCUAUAGCUGUUGUACAAGACGUUGGUAAAUUGCAUGCAAAAUUAGCUUGAUGGUAGGAAUGAGAUGGCGAUGGUAGUGGUGUGUUUCAAGUUGGAGACUGUGUGCUGCAGGGACAGUGUUGGUCCACUAUUGUUUGCCCUAUGUAUUGGUAAUUUGGAGGAGAAUGUAGGUGUAUGAUAAGUUGCA